AUGGCAGACAAAGAUGACUCUGAGAAGCGCAAGAAACACAAGAAAAAACAUAAGAAAGCUACAAAAUCUUCAACCGAGGAGCAGGAAUCCGCAGCCUUCGAAAGUGCUGAUACAAAUGCAUCCCAAAACGAAAAGACAGCCACACCAGAGCAAAGUCCCGUUGCGCCGAAGGAGUCCAAAGUUAGCCCGGAAAAAAUGGCGCCAAAACCGCAAAGUUCAAAUCGACAAUGGUCCCACGAUCAGGAGGAGACGCUGCUGAAAAAUGUAAAGAAAUACACGUUGAAAUUGAGUGGAAAACAGCAGUAUUCACAACGUGUUGACUGGUCUAAAGUACAACAAAUGGAUGAUUUCACACAGGUAAAAAUAUAAUGGAAAUAUGUUGAUUAUAGAAUGUUUACACACGGUUUAGUCGCAAUCGCCUUGAUGUCAUUGAUUGAAAUUGACGUGGUUGUUUUUAUAUCAGAGUUAAGAGUUUAAACGACAUGCAAUGGGCCAUUCAUUUAACAUAGGCACUCCUUCAUAAUGGGCCUUUUCAUUUAAUAUGUGCACCCUCCCCCUACAAUUCGAAGGGUCUGUAUAUCCAAUGUGGGUGGAGGGGGUCUUCAUAUUAAAUUUUUUAGAGGGUAGCUUGAGAGAUUUUUUUUAAGAAUAGGUGUUUUAGUGAUGUCUAAGAGGGAAAAAGGCUCAAAAAGCGAUAUCCUAAAGGCGUUAGUAAGAUAUCCUCUGGCAAGUGUGGAAAGCGGAUAUCUCCGGCGCGCAAUUUUGAUGCUUUCUAUAUAUUUACUAUUAAAUUUUUGAUAUCUCCAGCAAGCAAUUUCCAAACUUUCCAGUCUGGUCCUCUGGCUAAUAACUUCCACAAAAUUCCUCCAAGGAGGUUCCAAAUUUUUUUACAUCCUAAGAGGAUUAUGAAGGGACCCCUCAAUAGGAGGAGAGGUGCCUAUAUUAAAUGGAAUGGCCAAAUCCCCAUAGGACAUACAAAUUUUGGAACCCCCUUGAAUGCAAUUUGUGGAAGUUAUGCCAUAGUAUAUCUUACUAACCCCUUUAGGAUGUUGCUUCUUCCCUCUUGCAGUCUUGGGUAUCAAUAAAACACCUAAUUUUCCCCAUUUUUUUAAAAACGUCUUUUGAGCUACCCUGCAGGAAAAUUUAAGAUGUAGAUACAGACCCCUCAAUACCAUGGGUGCAUUCCAUGUAAACUCUAUGCCGGAGAUAUGCCAGCAUUUGCCCUUGAUCACACCAACGUUUCCAAAGAUUUUACUUUUGGGGACUCCGGGACUAAAACCCAUGUCAAAGUAGACAAUCCUGUGUGCUUUUAAGACUGUAAAUUAAUCUCACACAGAUAUGCCGACAAAUUCACUGAUAAUCGGGCUGAUUUUUGCCUUAUCGGUGGACAAUCGGAUUCGGUAGAAUUAUCUCUAUUCCGAUUGUCUAAAAAAGAUUGUUGAGAAAAUGUGCACAGUAAUUUCAGAUUGUUGCACAAUCGGUCAAUUACUACUUACUAGGUGCACAUAUUAAAUGGAAUAGCCCAAUGGCAUUCAAAGUUGAAUAUUUAGCUUAGAUUCUAAAGUUGAUUCGAACAUUCUUUUAUGGUCAGCAAAAACAUUUUUGUGACACAAUUUAUCCUGGCUUUCCAGACUGGCCCAGUGAACAGCUCCUUGUCUAGCUUGCCCAUUUUCAUCCCAUUUAUUUUAUAAUUAAAGAUUCUCAGGAGUGGAUUUAUAGGGGAGUACACAAGGGUGUGCACCACUUUUGGCCUAGGUCAACAGGGGUGCAAAAUCAAAUUCUGAAAUAUGGCAUGAUUUCCAAGGUUUUUCCUUUUUUGAAGUCCAACUGAAGCUCAUAAUUCAAUGCCCAUAUCACAGGAAAUGGCAAUUCUAGGGUUCUAAUUUUCAAAAUGUUCCGGGGGGGCAUAUCUGCCUGAAGGCUGAACCCCCUAGGGAGCUUGCACCUUUGGUGCUCAAGUUGUGAGGAAGCCAAUUUAUUUGAAUGCUCUCCAACCACCCCCUAAAUAAUUGUAACAAAACACUCGGCUGCUCAUCCAGCACCCCCCUAGAAAAACCUUGCUGGAUCCACCCCUGAAGAUUCUUAGCUGUACCCCUUCACAGAACAUACCAGUAAAUUGAAUCCAGAUGAAAAUGCUGUUGUCAACAGAAUUAACGAUUUGAUUGGUUUCAACCCGAUCAGACUAGAUCGUUGGGCUAGUACUCCAAAGGUCGUAGGUUCGAAUCCCACCGUGGCCGGACACAUUUUUCAAGCUCGCCCGGUGCGGAUAUACAAUCAGAGUAACAUCACAAAUAUCAUAUUCACCUGAGUACACAACACCAACACAGAAAAAAAUCAUAUUACUAGAUUACACUGGUAUCGAAGGAACUAGAUUCUGUUCCGAAAUAUCACUUACUCGAACUGUCCUGACCGCGUAGCUCAGUUGGAAGAGCAUUGGGCUAGUACUCCAAAGGUCGUAGGUUCGAAUCCCACCGUGGCCGGGCACAUUUUUCAAUAUGUGCACCAGAAUGUUCGGUUCCGGCCGGAACUAACCCCAAUUUUUGAAAGGACGGAACUAAUAAAAGAAGCAUGGCCGGAACCGGUACUCUGUUGUUUUCAGAGAGAUAGAAUAUUAAACUUUGUGUCUAACAAAAGUUCACAGUAGGAAGAAAUUUGGACUACACAAGGAACCCACAAUUAACACUUCAUUAUGAUUUAUGACGUCUAACGUUUGUCAAUCUUUUAAUUGUAACAUUUGCGAUCUCUGUUCUUGAUCAAUUGAAGUGUCUACCUGUCUGGCAGCAGACAAAGUAACAUAUGACUGUAUGUGGCUUAAUAAAUCGGUUCUGGUCGGAACUUUUUUCCAGUUCCGGCCGGGACUUUAAAAAUUGGUUCCAGUGCACUCCUAGUUAAAUGUGAAUGAAAAUAUGUUGAGGGCUAGGUUAAGGAUAUUUCUAACCAAAAUAUCUACUUUAAGUCUAGUUUCCAUUUGGCCGUUAGUUGUCGCUGUCACGACAAGCUGUAGAUGUGAAAUAGUCUAAUAUAAUAAUAAUCUUUGUGUGUGUUAUAUGCAAAUCAGUCUUAAUGAUUGCAUAGUUUUGUAAAGUUUUGUUGACACUCUAUUACAUCAGCCACUUGUUGUACCAGCGACAACUAACGACCAAAUGGAAACUAGGCUUUAGGAGCCGCCUGCUGUUGCACAAAAUAAACUGCCAUAUUCUGCUUGUGACAUACAUAACAUUAACUGUGUUUUAAAUGGUUAUUAUUUUUUAGUUUGAGAUGCAAGAACAAUACAAGAUGCUGAUCAAGAAAGUACGAAAAAGCAGAAGCGUUCUGGAAAUUGUUGGGGAUGCUGUUACCUUGCACAAGGAAAAUCGGCAAAAGGAGGGAAUGCGGUUACUAUCAAAGAACAGGAAAUUUAGCAAACAACCGCCGAACGCUUUCUCAAUCUUCUGCAAAGCCAAGCGAGCUAGCCUCGUGGAAAAACACCCCGAGUUGAAGUUUAGUGCAAUUCAUAAAAAACUUUGCGAAAGAUGGAAGGAACUGGCUGAAGACAAACGGGAAAAGUAUGUGAGCAAAGCAGAAAAGGCAAAGCUAGAAUACUAUGAAGAGAUGAAGAAAUUUCAUGACCAGCAGAUAUCAAUGAUUAAGAAGCCUAUGUCUGCCUAUACCUUGUGGAAGUCUGAGAGAUUAGAAGACGAGGACAUAGAUGGGGACGAGACGGAGAAUGACUUUGUGGUAGAAUGGGAAAAUUUGCCCAAGUCGACCAAAAAAGGCUGGCUUCAGGCCGCAGCUAGCGAGAAAGAGAAAUAUGAUUUAGAAGUGGUAAACAUAACGGGUACUAGUGGUCAAGCUGCGAAAAUAGCAAAAGAUAAAAAAGCUAAAGAUAAAAAAGCAGUUGCUGAAACUCAAAUAAAGGUAGAAUCUGCCUCGGAUGAACACCAACAAAGUUCAUCAUCGCCCAAGAACUCUGGGUUAAAGCGGAAGCUAAACAGCUCAGGUCAGGCUGCUAAAUCACCUGAAAAAAAAGUUAAGAUAGAGGAACCAAGCAACUCUGAAAAUAGUGAAAGUUCUAGUGAUGAGGACUAAUUGAGGUUUUAAACAUUCUAUUUUUUAUAUAUGCACAUCUUAUUGUUAGUCACAAAAUAUAGUCUCAUUACAUUGAAGGAAAUUUUGAGUGAAAAUUUUAUACAUUUUCUAGGGUGCGUUUAUAUGACCCGGCUAGGUGCAGACGGGACAGUUGCCAAAAUCUUGCUCAUAAUAUAAACUAUAUUGAGUGUUUCAUCUGAUCAUUCCACUUCCAUCUUGCCAAGCCAGGAAUUCUGGCAUAUAUUCAAGGCCGUAGCUUUUGGGGGCGACACUCCUCUGAAAACGUCUUUUCUGCUUAACCUAAAAUGAUCGUGAUCUGUGAUUGCCUUCCUGGACACAUAAGUCGUACCCAGACUGCGCGCGGUUUCUAUGAUAUUAAAGCCUUGAUUACUAUGUAACCUCACUUAAUCAUUGACAUGCAAUCACUAAUCUGUAUCAGCGCAUAUAAUGUAUACAUUUCAAUCAUUAA